AUGGCUAAUUAUAUGGAAAUGGCGAGUUCCACUGAUGUUGAAUGGAUUGAGAUAUUGUGCAAGGAAUACCAAGAGGAAGAUACUGAAGAAUGGGAUGCAUACAAAACCAGGCUGGCUGGCAGGUUCGUCCUGCUGGCCGUCUCAUGCAUACAGCUGACGGCCAAGAUGCAGGAUUUGAUGGCACCGCUCACCGCGACUUUGGUGCGCUCCGCUCUCUUGAAGGAGGGCAUCGACCUUAGCAGAGAGGACAUAGUGGCCAUGGAAUUCCAUGUUUUUCGAACUAUAAAUUUUACAUUGCCGCUAUGGACAAGCCUAGAAAUAUCGGAAUUCCUAGCGACUCAGGUGGGGCUGGUGCGGCGGUCAAUUUUGGAGGCAGUAGGGCUGAUAACAAAUAUAACGGAAUUCUACCGGGACGUGUUGGAGUUACAGAUGAAGGGCUGGGUGACUCGCAACCCGGCUGGAAACCCGGUAUCGACGGCCUCAAGACGCAAUCCAGACAGUGUGACUAUCCACAACUUGCACAUGUGCGCGGGGGUUGUAUUGGCGACGGCUCGCUACUUUCGCUCACAGUUUACCGACCUUGUCCAUCGCAUGGCCACCUUAACCAGAUCUCUCCCAGCUUAUUUAAAAGCUAUUUCAGACUAUGUUUUUAAUAACCUUACUGAACACACAGAUAUGCCUACUCCUAAGAAGAGACGUCUUCAAUAG